UCUAUGAAUCCAUAUAGAACAGGCAAACUCGUACUUUUCCAGGUUGUUUACGACCGAGAUUGGCACGGAUUUGAUUUAAUCUUUUUUUCAAUGUUGGGUAUAAUGGGUGGUCUUUAUGGUGCCUUGUUCAUUCGCAUGAAUCUAAAGGUUGCCGUUUUCCUAACAUUUGGUUUGAAAGUUCCAGCUGGUGUAUGGUUACCAUCAAUAGCAAUAGGUGCCUGCUUUGGCAGAGCAGUUGGGUUGAUUGUUCAUGCUUGGCACAAAUAUGAUCCUGGGUUUUGGCUUUUUGCAUCAUGCGAACCCGAUAGUGAGUGCAUUACACCAGGAAUGUAUGCCAUGGUCGGUGCAGCUGCUACUUUUGGGGGAGUUACACGCAUGACAGUAUCUCUCGUUGUUAUUAUGUUUGAACUGACCGGUGCACUGACUUAUGUUUUGCCUAUUAUGAUUGCCGUAAUGAUAAGUAAAUGGGUUGGCGAUGCAUUUGAUAAGGAAGGUAUUUAUGAUGGAUGGAUACGAAUCAAUGAAUAUCCGUUCCUGGAUAGCAAAGAAGAUUAUGUAUAUAAUACAUUGGCGUCUCAAUACAUGACUCGAAUAGAAGACUUGAUG